UGUUCAUAUAAGAAUGAUCUUAUAGCUAGGAGGUUUCGAUCAAAUAAGUUGAAUUAUAUUAUUUUUAUUACUUACCUGAAUAAAAUCAAAAUCUUUUAUAUAUGUCUGGUUGGUUACAAAUGAUUAAACCUUUAUCUAUACAUGUAUAUAAAUAUAUCUAUGGUUUUGUUAGAACCACUACAAUAUAAUGAAAUAAUGGUUUAGAUGAAUUUGCAAAUUAAUUAAUUAACAUAAGUCAAAGAUUACUACUUAAUUAAAAUAUUAAACCAACUCCAUCUUAUUAGUUUGUAUUUAAGCACCACAAUUCUUACAUUCAUAAUCAUCCAUAACAACAAGCAUCAAAUCUUUAACCAACUUUCAUACAUUUUCCAAAAUGUCAAACCAAUCUUUCCUUUCGAUCGUCGCGAUCCUCGUCAUCGUCCUGCAAACCGCCAUCUUGAAAACAACGGCAGUCGACCCACAACCAUCAGCAGGCGAACCUCAUGUUUUCGAGCUUUACAUGCACGACAUUCUAGGCGGCAGCAACCCAACAGCCAGACCAGUAACAGGUCUACUAGGAAACAUAUACAGCGGACAAGUCCCCUUCGCUAGACGCAUAGGUUUCCGCGCACCACAAGGUGGGGUCGCCAUCCCAAACGCCAACGGCCAAAUCCCAACCGUCAACGCCAAUGGUAUCCCACUAGGAACCGGCUUAGUUGGCACCCAGUUCGCAGGAAACAUAAACCAAAACAAUGCACAAAACCAGAUAGCAGCCAGUUUGGGACCAGAUGGGCUUGGACUAGGAUUUGGGACCAUAACUGUCAUUGACGACGUGUUAACCAUCGACCCAAAGUCCGGUUCGCAGAUGCUAGGAAGAGCACAGGGAGUUUAUGUUGCUAGUUCGGCUGAUGGGAGUAGACAGAUGAUGACAUUUACAGCCAUGAUGGAAGGUGGUGAGUAUGGAGAUAGUAUAAACUUCUUUGGAGUGUACCAUAUUGGAAGUGCAAUGUCGCGGUUGUCGAUCACGGGUGGGACUGGGAAGUUUUUGCAUGCUUGUGGGUUCGCUGAGGUGCGGUCAUUGAUACCAGCUGGUCAGAUUGUUGCUGAUGGUGUGGAGUCUUUGCUCAGGUUGACUGUUCAUCUUUCUUAUUGAGAGUUUGAUGUAGCAUAUAUAAUUCAUGUGUGUGGUUUUGUGAACAAAAUGUAUUAAUCUUUGUUUGUGUUCUCCAUUUGUAUAUCAUUGUUUCCAUGAUUGAAGAAAUAGAACUUGGUUUAUUGGUAACAA